AUGCCUACUCCACUUUCUGAGCAAGGGAACGAUGAGUUCUGGAAAACCGCAACUUCAGCAUACGACUCCCUCGACUGGCAAAAAAAGCUAACAGGACAAAUAAAAUCUUUUAUCGAACGUCAGGCCACUUGGCUCGCUCUCUCUUCCCCUCCGACCACUGAUGUCAGGCUCCUGGACUACGCUUGUGGUCCCGGUGUCGUCUCACUCUCCCUCCUCCCCUACACCACCCAAAUCAGAGCCCUCGACGUAAACCCCCACCAAGUCUCAGAAUACAACCGUCGCUCCCUGGGUUCCUCCUACCCACCAUCCCUAAUCCGAGCCGAAGAAGCCGACAUCUUCCUCCCAGACUCUUCAUCCAUCCCCGCCAAAUUCAACGAGGAAGAAUACAAAAACUUCGAUUAUGCAAUCUGUUCGGCAGCAUUACACCACGUCGACAACCCAGCUUUAGGGGUACAAAGACUUGCGGACCGUGUAAAGGUCGGAGGAAGGGUUGUUAUUAUUGAAUUCUUGGAAAGGGAUUUAAAUGCCCUUGCUGAGGGGAGUGUGAUUAGUCCUGCUGAGGCUGGGAUGGCAAGUGAAGAGGAGAGACUUAGGAGGAAUGCGGAUUAUAGGUCUCAUAGUCAUGAUAAUGCUCAUAUGAAGGAUUUUCAAAAGGACUUUUUGGCGGAGGGGAAGCAGCACGGGGUUUAUCAUGAACAGCAUGGACAUUCGCAUGGUCAGGAACAGGGUCACAGUCAUGGUCACAGUCAUGGGCAUGGACACGGGCACGGGCAUGAUCAUGAGAGCGGAGAGGGAGGGGAGAAGAAGCAUAGACAUGGGCCACACGGGUUCAAAACCGAGCAGAUGGAAAAGUGGUUUAGGGAUGCUGGGCUGAGUGAUGUGAAGAGCGUGAUUAUGGAUGAGAAGAUUGAGAUUAUGGGAUUUGGAGGGUUCGAGGGGUUCAUGACCGUUGGAGUCAAGGAGUGA